AUUAACUUUUAGCGGGCAGAAUCAAAACCAGGGGCUGUUUGUUUAGUGUUCAGCGUUCACUGAUUAGUCAUUAAGCAAAACGAGGCAGUAACAACACUAGCGUCAUGCAGAGAACCAGUCGCCUGAAGCGGGAGAUGCAGCUUCUCAGUGCUGAACCUCCUCCGGGAGUCUCGUGCUGGCAGGUCGAGGGACGGCUGGAUCAACUACAAGCCCAGAUUGUUGGAGGUGCAAACACUCCCUAUGAAGGAGGGCUGUUCACACUAGAAAUCAACAUACCUGAGAGGUAUCCGUUUGAGCCGCCGAAGAUGCGUUUCCUGACACCCAUCUAUCACCCCAACAUUGAUAAUGCAGGACGCAUUUGUCUUGAUGCUCUGAAAUUGCCACCAAAGGGAGCGUGGAGGCCCUCGCUCAACAUUUCAACAUUGCUCACUUCCAUACAGUUACUGAUGGCCGAACCGAACCCCGACGACCCACUCAUGGCUGAUAUAUCCUCAGAAUUUAAAUACAACAAACCACUUUAUCUAGAGAAGGCAAAGAACUGGACAUCUGAACAUGCAAUCCAGAAGAACAAGGGUUGUGUGGAGACCGAAGAAAAGACUUCAACUGAGAAUAAAAAUAAGAAAACUGCACACAAGAGAGAAGCACUUACUGCACAGGAGAAUUUAGAGCAUACCAAGAAAGUAUGCAUGCAGUAGGUUUAUCAUUUUACAAAGGACUGAUACACAAUGAUUAAGUUGUUGUUUAUUAUACAAAUUGUUUCUUUUUAGUAUGGCUAUUUUUCUUGUUUACUUUUCUUGUUGAUUAUGUGAAUGUAAUAAAAUAUAUUUAAAGUUACACAAAA